ACACUGCACAUAUAAGCCAUGUGGGUUGUUUGUUUCAACUGCUCUCCUGCAGCAUCAGGCAGCAUGACAACCCAGGGAUGGAUUCUGGCAUUCUGCUUUUCACUGGCCUCAGUUUUUGGCACAGUGGAAUUGUUCAAGACCAAAGAAACACAUAUUUACACUUGCAGGACAUUUGGCAGCGGGGUCGUCCAGCCUUUUAAGGGGGAGACUUACUAUGUUCGGUCCGACUGCCCGUUCACACUCACAAGCUUCACCGUCAAACGGGGGGAAUAUUCUGUCAGCAUACGACGAGGACACAACGGGCUGUUGGUCCAAGUCGAGAUCAUCAUCAACAAAGUCACAACACUUUUGAAGAAUGGCCACAUCCUGGUGCAGAACAAAAGUGUUUCCCUUCCAUAUGACCACACCUACCAGCAUAUCUUUAAAUACGGCAUCUACACUAGACUGAGAAGCACGGUGCUUCCUUUCACUGUCACCUGGCACAAUGUACAUGGGGGAAUAAACUCUAUGUGGGUGACACUGGAGUCAAAGCUGAGCGCCGACAUGUCUGGACUGUGUGGACAACAAAAAGUCGCGGCCCCCAGGCACGAGUUGAUCAGAGACAGCAAGCUUGAUGACCACAGAUGUAAAACCAGAGAUCCUGUGAUGGAAAAAAAUCAUAUGUGCGGUCAAUUCUUUCGGAAAACCAAGAACUGUCUGCAAGACAACAAUCGUCACUAUCACCGACUCUGUAAAGAGAACAUUUUUGGCUUUGAAAAUAGCCAGAGCAUCUACUGUCCUUUGUUCCAAGAAGUUGCAAGCCAGUGUAACCAAUCAAGAAUCAAGCGAUUUUGGAGACGCUUAACCAGAUGCGCGAAACCAAGUUGCCCAGGAGACCUGAUUUAUGAGAAAAAGGGUCCAGCAUUUAUUCCCAGCUGCUCAAACCCGAACCCUUCACCCUUCUACCAGGAAUUCACUGAAACCUGUGCCUGUCCAAAGGGUAGUGUUCUUGAUAAUGGUGCAAUUGGCCAUCACUGUAUUCCUGAGUCCGGCUGCUCUUGUGAAUUUGCUGGAAAAACCUACGGAAACGGAGAAAUGCGAAGUUCCAAGUGUCAGUCAUGUACGUGUCAUGGUGGGAAAUGGCGAUGCUCAGAGAACCUUUGCCACAAAAGAUGUGUCAUUGAAGGCCAGUUUGUGACAACAUUCGAUGGCAAACAAUAUGUCCUCCCUCAAAAAUGUUCAUAUGUUGCUUCACAGGGUCCCAGCUGGAUAAUAAUAAUACAUUUUUCACGAAAAGGACUCUUUCUUAGAAAGAUUACGGUUCAGCUCUCAGAGGAACUGUUUGUAUUCAAAAAGAACAAGGUUUUGUUGAAUGGGCAUGAGAUCACUGAAAUCCAUCAAUCUGGUCAUGCUCAGAUUUACUGGGUGUCCUCCAUGUUCGUCCAAGUCCACACAACCUCUGGUUUAAACUUCCAAAUUCAGCUGUCUCCUGAAAUCCAGCUGUUCAUCGACGCACCCGACAACUCCAAUGACAAGAUCAAAGGUCUUUGUGGCAAUAGCAACUGUGACACCACAGAUGACUUCACCACCAACAGCGGGAUCAUUGAGAACUCAGCUGAACCCUUUGCUCUGUCCUGGAGUUUGGGUAAUUGUCAUGAGAACAUACCCACCACCUGCACCAACCGUGAAAAUGAGAAUUAUGCUCAUGAAAAGUGUGCAGUGUUGAACCAACCAACUGGGAUAUUUUCUGAGUGUCAUCCUUAUAUCCCAACGGAUUCCUACUACACGGCUUGCAUCCAAAGAAUAUGUAACUCUGGCAGAAGUCAGACACAGGCCUUGUGUAUUAGUCUGGCCAGCUAUGCCAAAGCCUGCGCCGCUGUGGGUGUUGUUAUUGGUGACUGGAGGAGAAACACGAGCUGCGAAUUAAAAUGCCAGAAGAACCAAGAAUUUUCCUACAGCAUGCAUACCUGCAACCGCACAUGCACUUCUUUGUCCGGCUAUGACAUCCGCUGUGAUAUGGACGACGAUCCUGUGGAGGGCUGUGGCUGUCCGGAGGGAACUCACCUGAACCAAGGACAAAUUUGUUCCCCAAAGGAAGAGUGUGCUUGUACUUACUACGGUGGUAUUGCAGACCCGGGGCCUGUUGUUAUCUCUGGUCAACAAUGCAACUGCAAGAAUGGAGUAUUGAGCUGUUCGCCCGAUUGUGAUUGCAGAAAUGGGAAGGUGUGUGUUAGUUGCUCUGAGGACAGACAUAAGAGGAUUCAGAAGUCCUGUGACUAUAUCAGCAAACCAAAGGGUACCAGUGAGACCUGUAAGAGUGGCUGUUACUGUCCAGAAUACCAGUAUGAGGAUCACCAUGGGAACUGUGUUUCACUUGAUGAAUGCACCUGUGUGUUCAGUGGCAAAACAUUCAAAGCAGGACAGCAAGUCAACAGCAACUGUAAAACAUGUACCUGUUAUCAGGGUCAGUGGCACUGCAUUGAGAGGCCUUGCCCGGGACAGUGUCAAGUUUACGGAAAUGGACACUACCAGACCUUUGACUCCAAAUGGUUCCGCUUUUCUGGACAAUGUCUGUACACACUUGUGCAGGAUUCCUGUGGGAAUGGAAACGGCACCUUCUCUAUCGGAGUAGAGAGUGUCCCCUGCUGUGAGGAGGCGCUCACCUGCUCUCGCAACAUCAUCCUCGACCUGAAGGGCCAAGUCUCCCUGACGCUGAGCGACAUGCAGGUGACCAGACACCUCUAUAAAGGCUGGACUGGGCAGGAAGAUUCACUUUACUUGGUACGCACUUUGGGACUCUACAUUGUAAUCUCAGUGCCGAGCAAAGGGAUAACUCUCAUCUGGGACAAACACACCCGGAUCACCAUAGAGCUGGCGGGUUCAUGGAAGAACCGAGUGUGUGGCCUCUGUGGGAAUUUCGACUCGAAUGAGAUGAAUGACCUAAUUAUAAGUGGCUCAUCAGUGUCUGGUCCCUUGGCAUUUGGUAACAGCUGGAAAGUCCAUACACCUCCUUGCUCUGAUGUGACCACUGAGAUAUUUCCAUGUGAACGCAACUCCUACUGCGCAGCCUGGGCCCAGCAGCGCUGUAUGAUCCUUACAGGAGAAACAUUCAGUGAAUGCCACCUAAAAGUGGAUCCAGAUCCCUACUACGAUGCCUGUGUGCAGGAGUCUUGCUCCUGUGAGUCAGACGGGAAGUUCCUCGGCUUCUGCACAGCUGUGGCUGCCUACGCAGAGGCCUGCAGCGACCAGGAUGUGUGUGUGAAUUGGAGGACACCUGAUAUGUGUCCGGUAUACUGUGACUACUACAACAAGAAAGGACAGUCUAUCUGGCACUAUGAAGCCUGUGGUGAGAUGCUUUCCUGUGGCAAAGAAAACUACAUCUCUCACAAGCUGGAAGGCUGCUACCCCAGAUGUAAAAAGAAUAAGCCAUACUAUGAUGAAAACACUGGUGGAUGCACCAGUUUGAGAAAAUGCACCUGUUACUUUAAUGGCACUGUCAUUCAACCUGAGGAAGUGGUAGUAAUAAACGAUGUUUUAUGCCACUGUGAGAAUGGAGCCAUGAACUGCGACCCUUCAAUGUCCACAACUCCAACAUCCAGCACUCCCACCCCUGCUACUGAUUCCACACAUAGUGAUGUGACUCGAACACGCCACACGCACACGCCUACUGAUUCCACACAUAGUGAUGUGACUCGAACACACAUCACGCACACGCCUACUGAUUCCACACAUAGUGAUGUGACUCGAACACGCCACACUCACUCCUCUACUGAUUCCACAACCAGGCUUGCGACGCGAACAUCCCAAACUCACUCCUCUACUGAUUCUACAACCGACGAUUGUAAGUGUUUGGACACAAAGAAUUACAAAAUCUGGCACUGUGGUGAGACAUGGACAGAGGAUUGCUUUAAAAAGGCCUGUAGAGGUGGAAGGAUAGAGUUUGCUCCAGUGAUUUGUCCACUGAUGGAAUUCCCGGACUGCCCCAGAGAAAAGUUCACAAAAGUCUUGGAUGGAUGCUGUGAAACAUUGAAGUGUGACUGUCGUUGUGAGAUAUAUGGGGACUCACACUACACCACUUUCCAUGGUGUUAAGUUUGAUUUCCUGACGGAAUGCACCAACAUCCUGGUGAAGGAGAUAUCAUCACAUCCUAGUUUGUACAUUUCUGUAGAAAACGAAAAGUGUGUAGAAGGCAGGCAUCGCUCCUGUGCUAAAAGCAUCACCUUGAAAUAUAGGGGAACUAAAGCUGUACUCAGUAUCGAUCCAGACUUCUCUGAAGUAAAGGUCACUAUGAACGGCGCAGUCAUAGAGCCACCAUUGCAGGCGGCUUGGUUAAGGUUUGAGAGAAUGAAUGACACGGUGAUUAUUUACAUCCCAGAGGUCCGCUCUUAUGUCUCCCUCAGUCAGUCCCAUUCCGUAGUGGUCAGUUUGGCCAUGGAGUACUUCCAAGGAAAAACCCAGGGACAAUGUGGUGUAUGUGGUGUUGGAUCAUGUAUCCGUAAAGGAGGGAAAAUGGAGGACAACAGCUGCUGUGAUAAGACGGCUUACAGCUGGGUGAAACAUCACGAGUCUAAACCGGCCUGUGCUCAUUUACCAAGAGAUGUAGAAUGUCACCAGACGACUGCAGCACCCCCUACAGCAACCACUUUCCUCCCCUGCCCUUCGAGCGCUCUAUGUGAGGUGCUGGACCACCCAGCCUUUUCAAAUUGCAUCAAGAACUUGAAGCGUAAAAAGAGGAUCUGCAUGUAUGGUUCCUGCGAUAUUGAUCGUUGCUCUAUACUAAUGCGAGCUGCAAAUGAGUGCAUGAAGGCUGGUGUCUGUAUUGACUGGAGAGCACUGACUAAUGGAAAAUGCACUAUGACGUGUCCCAAAGGAUUGGUUUACAGACAAUGUCGUAACAAGCUGGAUGACUUCUGCAAUAAAGGAAUUGUAAAAGAAGGAGCCCCCUUCAUGGAGAGCAGAGAAGGCUGUUUUUGUCCACAUGGUCAAAUCAAGUCAGAAAUGGACUCAGACAUCUGUGUGACGGGCUGUCCGUAUUGUAAAGGACCCCUUGGUGAGCCCAAACAGCCUGGUGACGUCUGGCAGUCCGGCUGUCACAUUUGUAAAUGUAACAACAACACCGGCAAAGAGGAGUGUCAUCUUAAACCUCUUGAGACGGAAACGAGUUGUGGCCCAGUGUCUGUACUGGUGAACAAACCUUGCUGUGGUGAACAGAUCUGUGUUAAGAAGACUUGCAAAUUUGGUGAAAGAACAUACCAGGUUGGAGAAUAUUGGUCGGAGGACUCCAGUCCCUGUCAAUCACAUCAUUGCACCUUGGAGGGAAUUAAGACUACGAUCCAAGAAUGUCCCCCAGUCCAUUGUCAUCCGGCCAGAUUUAUAUGGGACGACCACAAAUGCUGCAAAACAUGUAACAACACCUGUGCUCCCGUUUUUGGUGACGUUGAGUUUAGCACUACCGACUGUCGCACCAUAUUGCACGUACCUGUCUGUAUGGGCAAAUGUGGUUCUGGCUUGCGCAUAAAGGUAGGCGGGAAACUGAGGGUGGAGGCGGAGAACAAUUGCUGUCAGGAGAAGACCUCAGAGACAAAAACCCUUUCUGCGAUAUGCUACCACCCUGUGACCAACAGAAGAGAGGAAAAAACGUUCACUUACGAGCACAUCACCUCUUGUGAGUGCAGGCUCUGUAACAAACAUGACUGAAAAGAUGUUGUUAGCACAGCCAUUUUCCUCCUUUUUUCUUUAGAUUUUAACAACAAAACAUAAAGCACUCAAAUAGUUUGUCAUGUGUUGAUUAAUAAUACAAUUUCCUGGUUUUAUUUCUUCUGAAAAUCAAUUUCUUGAUCUGUUCAAAUAAAAGUAAUCAUUCUACUAAC